AUGGCAGCUUUCACAUCUACCUGUGCCGUCACCAGUACUACAACCACCACAUUGUCCCAAACUGCUCGGCGAAGGCAAGGAAGCAGUGAAGAGGCGGGAAAAUGUGAGAGUGACUGGAGGAAGACUGAGAAUGGGGACGUGGGACAAAACACUAUCCUGGAGAAAACCCACGACUUUUUCCAGCUUUGUGAUAUCGAGAACAAGGGCUUUAUCACCCGACGUGACAUGCAGAGGCUGAACGGCGAGCUCCCUCUCAGUGCGGAGGAGUUGGAGAACGUAUUUGAUACCCUUGAUUCUGACAGCAAUGGAUAUCUCACCCUCGAUGAAUUCUCCUCCGGCUUUAGUGAGUUUUUAUUUGGUCGGAAGAUUUCUGUAGAAGAAAAUAUGGGGGAGAAAAACUACUGUGAAAACCCACCAGAGGUCCUGUAUCAGUCCCAGUGGGAGGAGAGCCUGGCAGCCUCAGAGGAUGAAGAAGAGAAACAUUUUUGCAUGCUUAUGGAGAGCCUCGGAGCCAACAGUGUCUUUGAAGAACCUGCUGAGGUGCGCAGUUUGUGGGCACAGCUGCGGCGGGAUGAACCACACCUCCUAUCCAAUUUUGAGGACUUCCUGGCCAGAGUGACAUCCCAGAUCAUAGAGGCAAACCAGGAGAAGAGGGAGAUAGAGAGUGCUCUUAAAAGGAAAGCAGCAACACAUGAUGAUGAGAUCAAGCGUCUGUAUGAAGAAAUGGAGCAGCAAAUAAAAAAUGAAAAAGACAGAAUUGUGCUGCAGGACUAUGAGCAGUUCCUGUCUCGGAGACAAGACAUGGAGUUACAGCUAUCCAGUAAAGAGAAAGAGCUGGAACAACUCUUUCAGAAACAGAGGGGGUUGGAAAAUCAGUGCCAGGAGCUUCACAGUGAACAACAUGUGACCAAGGUGGAGAACGUGAAGCUCAAGCAGACAAAUAACGAGCUAGCACGAGAGCUGGACCACACGAACCAAGAGCUGGUAUUAGCACAGGAACAGCUGGGUCUGCUGCAGGAACAGGCCUCACGGCUUCAUGAGGAGAAGGAGAUGGAAAUAUACAGACUGAGUGAAGGACUGCAGCGUGAGCGAGCAAGCCUUCUCAAGCAACUGGACCUGUUGAGGGAAAUGAACAAACAUUUACGGGAUGAAAAAGACAUGAUCUAUCAGAAACCAAAAAAUUAUAAGAAAACACCAGUUUGCCACCAGCAGAUGCCUUUCAUGAAUGUUGGGAAACAAACAAACAUCUUCAAAAGUGAGGAGGACCUGACCACCAGCUCUGUGAGGCAGAACUCCAAUGGGUCAUGCCAGCAAUCUUGCCCGGAGAGGACAAGAGGGCACCUCCAGAGGAUCAUCUCCAUCGAGGAGGACCACCUCCCACACUUGCUCCAGAAUAACUAUCAGGCUCAAACCCCACUUAAGGAGUGUAGUGAAGGGGAGGAUGCGUCAGACAAUGAGGAGAAUAUAGACUUGGUGAUGAGUGAUAUUUACCCAUCUGCAUCUUCUGCGCAACCACAGCAGUCGAAGGGAAAUGUGGAAAAAAGGAAAACUCCCACCUCACCAAGGGGCCAGCCUGUUGGCAAAGAGACCAGCAUAAAUGAGGAAACUGGUCCAUCACCACCUGACCGCCUCUUCAAGAUUGUUCUGGUAGGGAACUCUAGUGUAGGAAAGACCUCCCUCCUUCAACGAUUUUGUGAUGACUGCUUCCGCCCAGGAACCUCUGCCACUGUGGGUAUAGAUUACAGUGUGAAGACAAUAACUGUGGACAACAGCCAGGUGGCGCUGCAGAUGUGGGAUACAGCAGGACAGGAAAGAUAUCGAAGCAUCACCAAACAAUUCUUUCGCAAAGCUGACGGUGUGGUUGUGAUGUAUGACAUCACAGCUGAGCAGAGCUUCACAGGAGUCAGACAGUGGCUGACAAGUGUGAAGGAGGGCGCAGGGGAGGACAUAACCAUUAUGCUCUUGGGUAACAAAACGGACAAGGAUAUUGAGAGACAAGUUCAGAAAGGAGUGGGCGAAAGGCUCGCCAAGGAUUGCCAAAUGACUUUCUAUGAGUGCAGUGCAUGCUCUGGACACAAUGUGAUGGAGUCCAUGGUUCAUUUGGCCAGAAUUCUGAAAGAGCAAGAAGACCGAGAGAAAGAGAAGACUGUCCAGCUGGUCAACAGCCCGUCAGAGAAGAAGAGAUCCUGCUGCUAACGGAUAAAAAAACACACACACACAAACACAUAGUAGUGCUACCCUUUACUAAGAUAACACAAUGUCGUAAUGUGACCACAUUGUUCUGACUGUCAGCACAACUUCUGACCCAGUCUGCACCUCGUAGCAUCCAGGGUAAAGCCAGAGUGAAUACUGUCAUGUGUCACAGAUGUUAUUGCACUAUUAUGAAUAAUCUGCUGUGUAUUAUUUCCCUAAUGAGUUGAAAUGGAAUUCUUAAAGUAAUAAAAUGUAAGGUAAAUUCAAAUAUUUCCUUGCAGGGAUAUAUAUAGAAAUCACUGGGGGAAAAAGUGUGUUCUACUUUAAUCAAACUAAGACUUUUCAUUUUUUUUAAAUGUUGGAUAUUCUUUCAAACUCUGACUGUAACUCCUAAAUAUUUAUGUGGCUUCCAAAAGCCCUUUUAUCUGUCACGUGGACUUUUUACUGUAUGUAUUGAUAUAUUCAUUCAGUGUUAUAAUUCUUUUUAGCUGUUUUGCUUUUUUAACUUUGGUAGUACACACUUAGUGUUGGGGAAAAACACAUCAACACCUCAAAAUUUGAAUCCAGUCUUGUGUAGACUUGCUAUGAAACCUUUUGGUGUUCAGAGAUUUUUUUAAUGAGGUGUUGAUAAAUCCCUGUGGUAUCUAUUUGGGAAACAAUUAGUGAUGGUGUUAUAUGGCACUUAUGUUUCAGUUUCUGCACCUGUCGAUCCUUUAGUCAAAUCAAUACGCCUCAGACACACUACUGAACAUUAUUAGCUUUAAUGUAGUAUUUGUUGCAGGGUAUGUUAUUUUACAGGUGUUCAUGUUUUUUUGUCCACCCUUUUGUAUAUUGUAAUUUGACUUUCAAUUCUGUGUUGUUGUUAUGACAAUACUGAAGGUUCAUAGGGUACCUGAGCAUUUUGUUGGGUUUUUUAAGAGGCAGAAAAUAAUACAGAAAAAAAUUCUCUCCCAGGAACUGAAUGAGAUUUAGUGCACAAAAUAUUUAUUUCUCUUCACCUUAAACUGCCUGCCAAGUAUUUUAAGAAAAUAAUGUCAAAGCAACAUGUAAUAUGUUCAGUAAGUUAUGUAAUCUGUAUAUUACAAGCAGUUUUACUGUUUGGUA